AUGGUUUCCAGCGAGUCACGGCCUCAGCCGCCUUUCCCAGUCAGACACAGUGCUCAGUGCAACAUCCUGCUACCACUGCUUACAGACCCUGUUCUUCUGCAGGGCCGCGAGCUGCGCGCCCGCGCGCCGCCCGCCGACCUGGAGCCGGUGUUCCCCGCCACGGCGCCCGGCUUCCGCGACCAGCCGCAGCCGCAGCCGCAGCCGCAGCCGCAGGCGGCGCUCUCGCGCGGCCUCAGCCUGGACUCUCCCGCGGCCCGCCGCCGCGCUCAGCGCCGCCCCUCGCAGGCCUCCGCCACCGGUGCCGCCCCCGCCACUGCCACCGCUACACCGCCCACGCCGCGCAAGGCGCCCACCAGCCCCGCCCGCACCCCACCCACGCCGCGGAAGGUGCGCGCCCGCCACCAGUACGACAAGUCACCGCCGCACACUCCCAAGAAGUCAGCCCCCAAGAAAGCGCCGGCUACGCCGCGAGUUGGCUCCCCAUCGCCGUCGGCGGGCAGUGGGCGGCGGCGGCCCACGUCUGCCUCUCCCCACAGGCAGCAGACAGAGCAGCAGCAGCAGCAGCAGGCCAAGGGCGCCAGGCCGGCCGACACGCAGCUCCAGGACGCCGAGGAGUCCGCCGCCAACCACCAGUCGCCGCCGCCACCGCCGCCGCAGCCGCAACAACUCCUCGCUGUACCCGACAGCGAACGCAAAGCGAAAGUAGACUCUCGUGGGCAUAGUGACGAGAAGCCAGCGCAGCCGACGCCUGGAGCCGCUGCGCAGACUGCCAGCCUGCCGCCGCUGCCACCGCCAGCUCCAGCUCCAGCUCCAGAGAGCAAGUCUUCCAGCGGCUGCAUCGGCGGCACCACGGACCGCCGGCUCACCAAACUGCGGCCGGAGCCCGAGGCGGCCGAGAGGCGCCGCCUGCGGCCAGCCGCCCCCGGGGAAGUCUACCGAGCCUUCCACGUCCUCGAGAAGCCCGAGAAGACGGUCACCUUCGAGAUGGAUGUACGGCCGCCCACGAGGGGCCGCAGUGUGUCACGCAGCGGCCGCGGCAGCCGCUGCUCCGACGAGCGUGGCAGCUGCUCGCUGGACCGCGCGCUGUCGCCAGGCUACCGGAUGCACGUGCUCAAUGUGGACGACAACGGCAACAGCGCCCCACACCGUCAGCCAGACAUCUCCCCAACCGACACUGAAGGCACCGCAGCCGCUCCAAGGCCUACCUCGCCCACUGCACGCCGUGCUUCAUCACCACUACCUCUUCCACGACGUCGUGGUAGUCACAUAAGACGUGACAAUGCUAGACAUGCAUUUAUUGUCCUAGAUAAUGAUAAUGGCAACAAUGAUAAUGGUAACAACAGUAACUUAAAUAAUAACAACAACACAACCAGAAGUGGAAUGCUUGAUGUUCCUAGGGGACGAGGAGGGUGGGUACCCUCCUGGUAUAAUGCUCCAACUUCUAUUUAAGAAAUAAUCGUAUAGUAUAUGUAGCUCUCUCCUCAUUUGUGAGAUGAAUAUCAUCAUAAAAAAUUGUGGAUGUUGAAGUAAAUCAGUAUUAUUUAAACUGUUUCUAUGUUAAACACAAUUCUCUAAUGGAAAGUUACAAAAGAAAUGUAAAUUAUUAUCACACAGAAGUAAAAAGUCACAGAUACAGUUUAACCUGUAGUUCUGAUUUAUCAUUGUGGUGUAUAAAUUCUAUGAAAAAUGGAUAUAAUAUAUGAAUGAGAAACAAUGUGGUGCUGACAGUCACGUAGGUGUUAAAAUAGAGUUUUUGACAAUUGAAGGGUUGUACAUAUAAAAUGUAUCUCAUACUUAUAAAAUCUAUAUGAGAAAAGACACAUUGGUGAAAUGUAAAUCUUCAGUAUGGUACUGUUUGCUACUGAGAUUUUGUUGUCUGAGAUAUUAUUCAUUUAAUUUUUAUGUAAUUUCCGUUUUUUUAGUACCACACUGGAUAAUUUAAAUUAUUUUAUCAAGAUAUUACAGUUCUGAUACCCCACUCAGUAGUACUGAAUACAAAGGAAAUAAUUUAACUUUUUAUAGCACUUAUUUUAAGGAUUUUCAUACUGAUUCCAUACGAUUUUCAGCCAUUUCUCUAAUGUAUAUGACCUACAGCACUUGAAGCUUCCACAAUUAAUUUCAGAUCAAAGCAGAACACGUUAUCACAAAACUACUGGUGACCAAGUUUGGGCUGUGUGUUCUCUCACCACUAAAAAAACUGAUUCAGGUUUUUCUUCAGUGAGAAAACAGAUAAGCAUUAUGACCAAAGCACUGAGAUGAAAAAUGUGCCACAGUCAUCAAAUUUAGUAAUGUGAUUUAAUGAUUGCAUUUGUCUUUUAUUACAAUUUAUUAUUUUGAUAAGGCAAAAAGUUUCAUAGCAGGCAGUGACAAAAUUACACAACAACUUAUUAGACAGUAAUUCUUGCAUUAUAUAAGUAUUAUAAUUUCUAUAUGAAUUACAUUUCAUAUUGAUGUUGGGGGACCAAGAAGCUUGUGAAAAGUAAAGAUGUGUGUCAUAUAUUACAGGGAUAUUUUCAAAUUCAUGCCUUCCACUAACAUAUCGGUAUGAAGUGCUAUUAUAAUUUCGUAUUGAAAAAUAGACCAUUAGAGAUGUAAUGAGUAAAAAUGUUAUUUGCAUAUCACCCAAAAGUAGGGUCUAACAUGAAGACAUGAUUCCCCUCUUUCAUGAAAGCUGUUGAAUUGUAAAUCAAAUAGAAAGAAAACUCUAAUUAUCUGGGGAAUGACCAUUAGCUAUUUCUAAUAAACUAGAAAAGUACCAUAUUAACGUUCUGCAGAUGGAACAGCAGACAAGCAAAAAUUUCUUGGACUUCACUAUUAGUCUACAUCUCUCUUAAAGCAUUGUCUAAAUACUUAGUAGCUUCACAAGUCAAUGCCAUUACACCAACAAGAAUUACAAUACCGCAAUGCUUUUAAAAAUGGAUCAGCUAGCAGCUACACUUUAUAGAGCUGUUUGAAGUACUCAUCCUAAAUCAAUUAUAAUAUGACCCUUUUGCAGAACAUUUGAAGGAUUUAAUGAGUAAUCAAGAAAAAGUCAAAAUGUGUGUCAAAUGUGCCCAUUUAUAUAGAACUGCCUACCAACAGACAUAAAGACUGGCAGUAGUGGGCCUAUAACAGAUGAUAAAUAUCCAGCUUUUCUUAGCUGAAAUUCCUUUUGUUCACAUCUAUUAUGGAUAAAAGGAAGGUGUGAAAGAGAUGGCAAAAAGAAGUUAUAGUACUGAGUAUGUUAUUUAGAAAUAUAUGUUAUGAAAGAAACAGUGCAUUUCUCAUUUAUUACCAACAUCCUACCAAUAAACGUUUGUGAUUUCCCAUAUGUUAUGUAACAGCUCUCACACCAGUUGUCUUAAAAGUAGAAGGAUAAUCUACAAAUCUAUGGCAAAAGUAUCAGUAUUUUUUAGAAGGAGUGAAAUGAGUACAUAUAAACUGCAUUUACAGAUCCAAGAGUGCAUAAAAGAUUCCAAAGAAACAAUGACUAUAGUAAAUUAAAAUGCAAAGCACUAUGUUUAUCAUUCAAACAAACAAAAAUUUACAGGCUGAAGAUUAUACUAUGAAACAUACUGUAAGAACUUAAUGUGUGCAAGAGCUUUGAUGCAUUCUCCUAUAUAACAUUUGCUGUACUUUCUGUGUAAUCAUAAUUUCAUAUAAUGUAAAUUCCUUAAAAUGAUAUUGUGAGUAAGCUAUUGCCACAUUUGAUGUCAUACCACUUGAAAUAAUGAAUGAAUAAUAAAAAACUCUAUAUCACAUUUAAAAUUCAAAUAUGAAGGGCUGCUGUUUAUUGAAACAUAUUACAACCUAAUACUCGUACAAACUCUGAUAACUAAACUCAGUGUAAGAAACCAAAACACAAUUUCAUCAGGCUGUCAAUUUUCCCUAUAUGACGAAUCAUAUUCACACCUAUUCAAAAAGUGCAUAACGUUGUCUUCUUGUACUUUUUUGAAUGUAUUACCCUUUAUCAUUUUUCUGACUUAUGUGAAACAAUUUUAAGACAUCUUUCUUCAUUGCAAUACCAAUUAGAUUUUUUAUAUCAUUUUAGCUCUUUAAAAGCCAUGAAAAAAUAAAUUCUCCAGAAUUUUUUUUUUAAUUAUCAGAGCUCCAGAGAAAUGAGUAAAUAAUGUAUGGUCUUCAGUCAGUCAUAAAGUUCAAAAAUCUCAUGUACAUAGCUAUGGAAAAUACCUGAAACAUCUCAUUAGUUUCUCGACAGUAUGGUCCUGUGUGGCCUGUUCAUAGUUUCCAAUCUUUCUUGUUCUUUGACAUGGAACAUUUGAUUUGAGAUUGUGGAACCUUGAGAAAAUAUUCUGAAUAUUUUUAAUGAAUCAUUAUUUAUAUAGGAGAAAAUAAAAUCACAGUACUGUACUCAUGUCCCGAACUGAUCCUUCCAUGUACAAAACAUCUUGCCACUUAUUCCUGUGGAACUUCUUGGACUGUGGUUACCAUAUGCUACACUCAUAAAUUUAAGUCUCCUUAUUGUUAUUGCAGGGAAUCUGAGCAAGCAAAUUGUCCAACGUAAAAGCUCAAAAUAAUUUUCGUACUGUCUAUGAAAGUCAAUGUUUGUGCAGAAGUAUUCAGACUAAGUCUAUUUUGCCAAAACCAUCAAAAGAAAAAGUAUUUUUAUUUAAAUGUUUCUGACAUCAGUAGUAUACAUUCUUGUGCUGUAGCAAGUGUCAGGACACAUGGAACUACAAGUGUUCAAUCAGUCUGGAAAAAUACAAAAUUCUUAUUUGUAUUUCAUUUUUAAAUCACUUCCAUUGCUAAUGCAGCAUACGGCCAUUAAUUAUCCAGUGUUCAUAAUGUAAUAUGGUAAGAAUUAAUUCUAAUGUUUACAAUUUCUGCCUAGAUUAAAACAUAUUAGCUGUCAAACUGCAAAAUAAUAAUGAUAGAUUUGUCCCAUUUACUGCAGGUGCCUAGUUUGUGUGGUGAGAAAGUGAAUGCUAUGUUACUUGGAAGAAACUCUAAAAUAAUAUCAUCAAAUUUCUCUAUUUCAUGAACUUUAAUAAGAAAAUAAAAUAAAAGAAUAUUUUAAUUAAAGUUCAUAACAUUUUGUAAUCUAUGAUGUUAGUGCCUUUAAUUUACCCCACAGUGUGUUA